GUUCUUAUCUCGCGUCUAACGCAGUCUCUCUCUUUGCCCCUAGGGUUUCUCUCAUCUCUGUCUCUCGGUUGCAAUGGCCGACGAAGCUCAGUACUCGUCCGGCAGUGACACAACCACCAACAAGCGCAAGUACGAGGACCCAACGGUGCCAUCUACUGGUGCUCGCCGGCCCACUGGCUUCUCCGCCCCGAUCGUGCCUCAGUCACCCGACUCGGGCCACGCUCCACCGGCCUCGUACAACAGCGUACCGCCGCCCGUAGACGGGUUAACUCUUGCCAAGCAGCGUGCUCAGGAGGUCGCUGCUAGGCUCUUUAACAACUCUGGUGCCGCCGCUGGCGCUGGUGCUCUUGACGCCAAGCGCCCUAAGAUUGAGAAUGGCGCUUCUGGCUUCGAUUCCAACGAUUCUGGAUUUAGCUCCGCUCCCUCUGAUGUGAAACCUCAUACUCUGCACUCGGCUCCUUCAGCACCCAUUCCAUAUGGCUUCCAGGGUUUGAGCUCGAGCAAAAAGAUCGAUAUUCCGAAUGGUAGAGUUGGUGUUAUUAUUGGGAAAGGAGGAGAGACAAUCAAAUAUCUUCAGCUUCAGUCUGGAGCAAAGAUCCAAGUCACUCGAGAUCUGGAUGCGGACCCCAAUUCUCUGACUAGGAUGGUGGAGCUCAUGGGUACUCAAGAACAGAUUAUAAAGGCUGAGCAGCUGAUAAACGAAGUUCUUGGAGAGGCUGAAGCAGGCGGUUCUGGCGUAGUUUCUCGAAGAUUUACUGGACAAACGGGCUCUGAUACAUUUGUGAUGAAAGUUCCAAAUAACAAGGUUGGUUUAGUAAUUGGUAAAGGAGGAGAAACAAUUAAAAAUAUGCAAGCCAGGACUGGAGCUCGUAUUCAGGUGAUACCUUUGCAUCUUCCCCCUGGUGAUCCAUCGACAGAAAGGACACUACAGAUUGAUGGGACCAAUGAACAAAUUGAGUCUGCUAAACAGUUGGUCAAUGAAGUCAUUAGUGAGAAUCGUGCCAGAAAUCCAGCAAUGUCUGGUGGAUAUUCUCAACAAGGUUACCAAGCACGACCUCCUACGGCUUGGGCACCUGGGGCACCUCCCAUGCAACAAUCAGGUUAUGGCUAUGUGCAGCCUGGAGCAUAUCCGGGCCCAUCUCCCCAGUAUAACAUGUCUCAGCCUUCUUAUCCAGGCUACCCUCCCCAACCUGCAUCUGGUGGAUACCCCUCCAAUUGGGACCAGUCAGCUGUCGCAUCAUCUCAGCAGACCUCUCAGGGUAGUGGUUAUGAUUAUUACAGUCAACAGCCGGCUUCACAGCAACCGCAAACCCCUGGUGGUCCUGCAGCUCCAGCUGAUAAUUCUGGUUACAAUUACACUCAGCCACAGCCUCCGAGUUAUAAUCAACAGGGACAAGGUUAUCCUCAGGAUGGCUAUGGUGGGUAUCAUGCACCACAACAAUCUGGAUAUGGUCAGCCACCACCAUAUGAUCAACAGCAAGGUUAUCCUUCUGCAUCUGGCUACGGGAAUGUGACCAACCCAACACAAGAUGGGCACACUCCCUCUUAUGGGUCCCAAGGGGAAUCAGCUCAGGCUCCACCUGUCCAGCCUGCUUCCGUAGGGCAGCAAGCAUACACUAGUGCUCAACUGCCUAGCCCAAGUGCUGCAAGUUAUCCACCUCAAGGAACAACUCAGCAAGGUUAUGGAAUGCCCCCAACUUCCCAAACUGGCUAUGGAAAUCAAGCUCCGGCUCAGUCUGGAUAUGGGCCUGGCUAUGGACCACCUCAGUCUCAGAAACCUCUUGCCAAUCCCCCAGUUUAUGGACAGGCUAGUCAGUCACCAAGCACUCCUGGAGGCUAUGGCCAGCCUGCCCCAGUGCAGCAAGGAUAUCCCCAUUCUCAAGCACCACCGUCUAGUUAUGCCCAACUAGAGACUGGUCUGCAACGCCCACCAUCCAAUUAUGGUGCUGCAGCUGGUCAGCCAGGUUAUGGACCUCCAACUUAUGGUGCGCCGCCUGUCAGUCAGCCAGGUUAUGGACAGGCACCACCACCGUACAACUAUGGUACUGCCUACUCACAGCCCCCAGUCUAUUCUGCUGAUGGUAAUACAGGUGGGAACAAUCGGGGGACUUAUGAUGCAACACCUGCUGCUCAGACUUCUCAGCAGAGUGUAUCCGCCAAGACAUCACCCCAGAGCUGAUGAUAUCUGGUGAGUUGGGGUCAUUUUGAUGCUUUGAUGAAUGGUUUUUAUAUUCCUGUGGUUAGGUCUAGUUAGGUUUGUAUCGCCGAAGCGAUUGAUCUAAGGUAAGGAAUUUGUAUUCCUGUGGUUUCUUUUCCUGUGCUUUGAUGUCGACUGGUUCUUUAAUAUUAUAACUCUGCUAGUAUAAUAAUCUUUCAGCUUUUAUUUCUGGUCA